UAAAGAUUUAUGUUGUUAAGUUUGUUAUUUUGAAAAUAGCUUGAUUUGAGCACUCUGCUGUGGAGGUGGAAUUACGACGGGAGAUUGGCUACUACUAUUUUAUACCUUUGUAAUAUUUUUGGUUUUAGCUUAUGGAAAGGUAUUUCUGGUGAGGAAAAUCAGUGGUCAUGAUGCUGGCAAAUUGUAUGCAAUGAAGGUAUUAAAAAAGGCAACAAUAAUUCAAAAAGCCAAAACAACUGAACAUACAAAGACUGAACGACAAGUACUAGAGCACAUUCGACAGUCUCCAUUUUUGGUCACUUUGCAUUACGCUUUCCAGACAGAUGCAAAACUUCAUCUCAUCUUGGAUUACAUAAAUGGAGGAGAACUUUUCACCCAUCUUUCACAAAGAGAGAGAUUUAAUGAAGAUGAGGUACGGAUAUAUAUUGGGGAGAUUGUUUUGGCGUUGGAACAUCUUCACAAGUUGGGAAUUAUCUAUCGUGAUAUAAAACUUGAAAAUAUUCUUCUUGACUCAGAUGGACAUGUAGUUCUGACAGACUUUGGAUUGAGUAAGGAGUUUGUUAAUGAUGAAAAUGAAAGAGCUUAUUCUUUCUGUGGAACUAUAGAAUAUAUGGCUCCAGAUAUUGUCAGAGGAGGGAAUACAGGACAUGAUAAAGCUGUUGAUUGGUGGAGUUUAGGUGUUCUUAUGUAUGAAUUAUUGACUGGAGCAUCACCUUUUACAGUUGAUGGGGAGAGAAAUUCACAGACUGACAUAUCCAGGUAAGUUAUCAAUUCAAAUGAAGACAUCAGAGGAUGUUCUUGUAUUUGUGUAUUUGUUAAUUUGAUCCAAUUGUUUUUAAAAGGAUAAGAUUGUGUUUCCCCAAAAUAUACUUAGGAUGUUAGACCCAUCUCUUGUCAUUAUUUAUUGUGUUUAUGUAUUGUUAGGUUCAACAAAGAUGGUAUCCCUCAGUUUAUAACAUAGAAACAGUAAAAAUACAUAAAAGCUGAUAAAAAACAUAAUUAUAAAGCAAAAAGUAUAAUGGUAUUCAUUCCUUAAGGUCCUCCAGAACAACUCCUGUCUUUAGGGUCUUAGAAUAGAAUAGAAUAGAAUAGAAUUCUUUAUUGGCCAAAUGUGAUUGGACACACAAGGAAUUUGUCUUGGUGCAUAUGUUCUUGGUGUACAUAAAAGAAAAGAUACAUUUGUCAAGAAUCAUAAGGUACAAAACUUAAUGAUAGUCAUAGGGAAACAGUCAAUAUAAAUCUUAAGGAUACCAGCAACAAGGUUACAGUCAUACAGUCAUAUGUGGGAGGAGAUGGGUGAUAGAAACAAUGAGAAGAUUAAUUGUAAUGCAGACUUAGUAACUAGUUUGACAGUGUUGAGGGAAUUAUUUGUUUAGCAGAAUGAUGGCGUUUGGAAAAAAACUGUUCUUGUGUCUAGUUCUAAUGUGCAGUGCUCUAUAGCAUUUUGAGGAUAGGACUUGAAACAGUUUAUGUCCAGGAUGCGAGGGGUCUGUAAAUAUUUUCACAGCCCUCUUUGACUCAUGCAGUAUACAGGUCCUCAAUGGAAAACAGGUUGGUAGCAAUUGUUUUUUCUGCAGUUCUAAUUAUCCUCUGAAGUCUGUGUCUGUCUUGUUGGGUUGCAGAACCAAACCAGACAGUUAUAGAGGUGCAAAUGACAGACUUAAUAAUUCCUCUGUAGAACUGUAUGCCUAGCUCCUUGGGCAGUUUGAGCUUUCUGAGUUGCUGCAGGAAGAACAGUUUUUGUUGUGCUUUUUUGAUGACGUUUUUGAUGUUGGGUGUCCAUUUUAAGUGAGAUAUGGUAGAACCUAGAAAUUUGAAGGUCUCUACUAUUGAUACUGUGUUGUCUAGUAUUGUAAGAGGUGGUAGUAUGGGAGGGUUUCUCCUAAAGUCCGCCACCAUUUCUACGGUUUUGAGUGUGUUCAGUUCCAGAUUGUUCUUGUCGCACCACGAGGCUACUUGUUAACCUCCCGUCUGUAUGUGGAUUCUUCAUUGUCUUGAAUGAGACCGAUCACUGUUGUAUCAUCUGAGAACUUCAGUAGUUUAACAGAUGGAUUGUUUGAGAUGCAGUCAUUGGUAUAUAGAGAGAAGAGAAGUGGAGAGAGCACACAGCCUUGUGGGGCCCCUGUGCUAAUUAUACAGGUAUCUGAUGUGAUUCUGCUUAGCUUCACCUGCUGCUUCCUGUGUGUUAGGAAGCUUAUGAUCCAUUUACAAGUGUGUUCAGGUACCGCUACUGGUUUAGCUUAGUUAGAAGAGUGUCUGGAAUGAUGGUAUUGAAUGCUGAAUUAAAGCCUACAAAGAAGACCCUUGUGCCUUGAAUCUUUGGAGAUUCAAGAUGUUGUAGGAUGUAGUGCAGAGCCAUAUUAACAGUAUCAUCUGUUGAUCUAUAUGCUCGGAAUGCAAAUUGCAGGGUGUCUUAACAGCAGAUCCGUGAUGGUUUUAAAGUGAGACAACAUUAGCCUUUCA